AUGUCUAGUUUUACUGUACCAACAAAUUUAGUUGCUAGCGAGCUGACAACAGCCGAGUUGAAUGGAAAGCCUUCACAGGCCACCUUUCACGUUAAGGCUGGUCUAGCACAAAUGCUAAAGGGUGGAGUUAUUAUGGAUGUAGUAAACGUUGAACAAGCGAGAAUAGCCGAAGAAGCAGGCGCCGCGGCUGUUAUGGCCUUGGAACGUGUACCAGCAGAUAUCAGGCGAAAUGGUGGCGUUUCCCGCAUGUCUGAUCCAAAGAUAAUCAAGGAGAUCAAAGCAGCGGUUACAAUUCCCGUAAUGGCCAAGGCACGAAUUGGACAUUUUGUCGAAGCUCAGAUUCUCGAAGCUUUGGGAAUCGACUAUAUAGACGAAUCGGAAGUCUUGACACCAGCCGAUGAGCAACAUCAUAUCAACAAACACAAUUUCAAAAUACCCUUUGUUUGUGGAGCUCGUAAUCUCGGUGAAGCGCUUCGACGUGUAUCCGAGGGUGCCACUAUGAUACGUACAAAAGGCGAGGCUGGAACAGGGAAUAUAGUCGAGGCAGUGCGCCAUAUGCGCACGAUAACUUCACAAAUCAAACGUGCUUCGUCAAUGAAUGAGGAAGAGUUGUUUGCUUACGCGAAGGAAUUGGGUGCACCAUAUGAUUUGUUGAAGCAAACCGCCAAGUUAGGGCGUUUACCAGUUGUUAAUUUCUCGGCCGGUGGGAUUGCUACUCCUGCAGAUGCAGCGAUGAUGAUGCAGUUAGGAUGUGAUGGAGUGUUUGUUGGAAGUGGGAUCUUUAAAUCUGGUAAUCCGGCAAGAAGAGCAGAAGCCAUUGUGCAGGCGGUAACUCAUUAUAAUGAUCCAGAGGUACUAGCUAGAGUGUCGGAGGAUCUCGGGGAAGCAAUGGUUGGGAUAAAUAUUGAUUCAUUACCCGAGACAGAGCUUAUGGCUAAGAGAGGCUGGUGA